GCCUUGGAUGCCACUGGUCUGCUCACAGACUCAACUGUGGAUGCAUUUCACGUCUACUCCCAGCGGUGAAAGAGAGACUUCACCACUGCAUACUUCACCAAAGGAAGCCAUAAGAGAUUGCCGAUAGGGUCUACCACCACACAAUUUAACGGUGACCUUUCAACUGACUGUCCUGUAUCUUGGGCAUCUAGAACAUGGAAUCCAAAGUUUCAGAAGGAGGCCUAAAUGUCACCCUGACAAUCCGUCUCCUCAUGCAUGGAAAGGAAGUAGGCAGCAUCAUUGGAAAGAAAGGAGAAACAGUGAAGAAAAUGCGUGAAGAGAGUGGAGCUCGAAUUAAUAUUUCAGAAGGAAACUGUCCAGAGAGAAUUGUAACCAUCACUGGGCCUACAGAUGCGAUAUUCAAAGCUUUUGCCAUGAUUGCAUAUAAGUUUGAAGAGGACAUUAUAAACUCGAUGAGUAAUAGCACCGCAACCAGCAAGCCACCGGUCACCUUGAGGUUGGUUGUACCUGCAAGCCAAUGCGGCUCCUUGAUUGGGAAAGGAGGCUCCAAAAUCAAAGAAAUUAGAGAGUCUACAGGUGCCCAGGUGCAGGUGGCUGGAGAUAUGCUGCCCAAUUCAACAGAGAGGGCAGUGACCAUAUCAGGCACCCCCGAUGCUAUCAUCCAGUGUGUGAAGCAAAUCUGUGUGGUGAUGCUGGAGUCCCCACCAAAAGGUGCCACCAUCCCUUACCGUCCAAAACCCGCCUCCGCCCCUGUCAUUUUUGCAGGUGGCCAGGUAAGAGCGGACCCGCUGGGUGCCUCCACUGCCAACCUCAGCCUAUUGCUGCAGCACCAGCCUCUGCCCGCCUACUCAAUUCAAGGACAAUAUGCCAUUCCUCACCCUGAUCAGUUGACCAAGCUCCACCAGUUGGCCAUGCAGCAAACCCCCUUUACUCCCCUUGGACAGACCACCCCUGCUUUCCCUGGAGAAAAGCUGCCCUUACAUUCCUCUGAAGAAGCUCAAAACUUGAUGGGCCAGUCAGCAGGUAUGGAUGCCAGUCCCCAGGCAAGUACUCAUGAACUCACCAUACCCAAUGAUCUAAUAGGCUGUAUCAUCGGACGCCAAGGGACAAAAAUCAAUGAAAUUCGACAGAUGUCUGGAGCACAAAUCAAAAUUGCCAGUGCCAUGGAAGGGUCAGCAGAGCGCCAGAUCACCAUUACUGGGAGCCCAGCUAACAUUAGCCUUGCACAGUACCUCAUCAACGCCAGGCUGACAUCUGAGGUUACUGGGAUGGGCACACUGUAAUAUUCUCCCUGGAGUCCUGCCUCUCUGACCCUUUGUGAUUACCGCUGACUCUUCAUCCAUCUUCAACAACAAUCUUCUCAUUAUAAUUCAUGCAUAAUAGACUGUUGUAGUGCAGGAUAUGAACAAAUAAAUAAAAAAUAACAUUGUGUAUCAGGUGUGCCAUCAUGAAAACACACAAAACACAACAUGAAACUGCAUUAGUGCCAGUAUAGGACCAAACCAAUACAUGUGC